AUGAGCCUAAUUAAGAUGAUACCUGAAAGGGUCGACCUUCCAGUGAAGAAGCUAGAGGAUCUUAGCCGAGCUCGUAUGAAAUGUGCUCGACAUCUGCUGAAAAUCGACUUCAAAAAGGAGGAGUGCAUCAACCUCUGGAAACUGUGUAAUAUCUACUCGGCCACGGCAGUAGACGUCGAUAAUGCUAUGCGAGAUAUUCGUAAUGCACUUCGGAAACGCCUAAAGACGAAGGAUGCAUAUCGGGACUUAUCAGCCUUCCGUCGUCUCAUCGACGAAUACCGGCCGACAAAGAAGACUGUCGAUCAUCAAGAGGUUUACGAUAAACCAACCAGUAAGGAAAAACAACGAUGGUUGGAGCUAAAUAUGUUUGGAAAGAAGAAAGAAGAAAAGAAGAGCAUCGACAAUUAUGCUGCAAUAGGAAAAAAGACCAAAGUAGAACCAAAACUCGAGAAGAAUGGAAAGCAGAAUAUUUUGGUGACCGUCAUGGAUGAACCAGCAAAAUCAAAUAUGAUGAGUUCAAGAAUCGAAUACGAAUCACAAAUGAAAUUUCCAGCUGUUCCUCCAACAAGACUGUGUUCUUUUCAACCGACUACGCCUCCACUACCUCAUCCUCCUCCGACGAUUAGGGUCGCUAAUAACAAGUCCCAUACUGGAAAUAAUAAAUUUAAUAUGGCGCCGUCACGAUCAGAAUCGCUAGAACGAAACGGAAGUACGAAUUCACCAUCAAAAUCGGAACGUGAGGAUUCAGAAAUGUACGAUGUUCCAACUUUCCUCCUAACCGAUGGUUAUGAAGUUCCCAGUGAACACAGUGAUAACACAUUGCUAUCGGCUCAACUAAACACACAGCGGAUCUACCCAAGCAACACCUACCAACCAAUUGCUCCUCCUAGACUUAAUGCAUUAAAAGCCAAAAUCGCGACUGAAGUUCAGAACCAGAACCGUGGCACUCAGUCCAUAUCGAACAUCACUAAAUUAGAGGAGUCGAGAAAGAAUGCUGAUAUUACGAGGUCGAACUCUAAAAGACGAGGAGUACUCGCAAAGCAACAUUCGAUCAAGAUUGACUCCAACUCGACCAGACAGGCUGUUGACAUUCAAAGGAUGGAGACCAACUGCCUUGCUAUUUCUGAUGAAGAGUUUGCCAUAGUUGUGAAUCGACUCUAA